GAGAUUUGGCAGUGGAGCGUAGUGGCGACGUGAAUUCGCGUGAGUAGCGGAGAGUUAUUUGUAUUGUCGGAGUGUGUGCGCUGUGCGGGUAUCGGGGGGUGUGUUUGCGGGGAAGCGAGCGUGCGUUUGACGCGACAGCAAAGGCGAGCGAGCUGGCGGACUUCAACAUGGCAUCCGGCGAGACGCUGUACAUCGAGGCGGACGGCUCGGAGAUGCCCGCGGAGCUCGUGGAGCUGCACGAGAUCGAGGUGGAGACCAUCGAGACUACGGUGAUCGGAGACGAGGAUGACGAGCAGCCCAUGAUCGCGCUGCAGCCGCUGGUCACAGACGACCCGAGCCAGGUCCACCAGCACCAGGAGGUGAUCCUGGUCCAGACCCGCGAGGAGGUGGUCGGCGGAGACGAGUCGGAGCUCCGGGAUGACGACGGCUUCGAGGACCAGAUCCUCAUCCCGGUGCCCGCGCCCGGCGCGGAGGAGGAGUACCUCGGGCAGACUCUGCUGACUGUCGCGGGCAAGAGCUCUGUGGGGCGGGCUGGGAAGAGAGCGGCGUCGGGGGGCAAGAAAGUGGGCAAGAAGAGUUACCUGAGCGCGGCGGAGGCCAGCGGGAGGAAAUGGGAGCAGAAGCAGGUGCAGAUCAAGACUCUGGAGGGCGAGUUCUCCGUCACGAUGUGGGCUUCGGAUGACAAGAAGGACCUCGAUCAUGAGACGGUGGUGGAGGAGCAGGUCAUCGGGGAGGACUCUCCUCCGGAUUACUCCGAGUACAUGACGGGGAAGAAGCUGCCUCCCGGCGGGAUCCCGGGGAUCGAUCUGUCGGACCCGAAGCAGCUGGCGGAGUUCGCCAGCCCCUUCAGUCCCAGCGGAGCUGGUUUUGCUCGUAGUCCCGCUCGAAUGAAGCCGAGGAAGAUCAAGGAGGACGAUGCUCCUCGGACGAUAGCCUGCCCGCACAAAGGCUGCAGUAAGAUGUUCAGGGAUAAUUCAGCGAUGAGGAAGCACCUGCACACUCACGGUCCGCGGGUUCACGUGUGCGCCGAGUGCGGGAAAGCCUUCGUGGAGAGCUCCAAACUCAAGCGCCAUCAGCUGGUGCACACCGGAGAGAAACCCUUCCAGUGCACGUUCGAGGGCUGUGGGAAGCGCUUCUCUCUGGACUUUAAUCUUCGGACACACGUCCGGAUUCACACCGGGGACCGGCCGUACGUUUGCCCGUUCGACGGCUGCAAUAAAAAGUUUGCUCAGUCCACCAACCUCAAAUCACACAUCCUGACACACGCCAAAGCCAAAAGCACCCAAUGAACUGCGGCGCGGCGUGGACACACUGGACGUGAAGCAGUGGUUCUCACACGGACUGAAGGAGCUCGCACCUCGUGACACGGCUCUGUCGGCGGAUGAGGCUCUACACUGCAGAUCAACAGACGACAACAUCAGGACUGUUGCUUCCUCCUCCACUCUUACUCCGUUCUCUCUGGUCUUCAUAUGGCUUUUAAUUUUCUCUUUCUCCAAGUGUGCAUAUUGUACACUUCUUUUGGUAAGCGACCUGUGAUCAUGAAUAAUCCCGAGAGUUGCUGACGAGAGCUGAUGUUGUUUGCUGUGAGCGAUGUGUGUUUCUUUCUGUUGUUUGUGUGGUUGUUCAUGAUCUGAGCGAGAGACUUCGUCCUCUAUCUGAUCACUUACAGCUCCACGCUUUUCUUUGUUAGAAUGUAUUGUAAAGGUCCAAACCAUGAACUAUCCUUCGUUGAUAUUUACACCUCACCUGUAUUUCAGCAAACUACAAUUAAAGAAGGAAAAAUCAGCUUUUGUCAACUUAAUUUGCUUCUCUAGAAUCAUGCUGACAUUAAAGGACAUGUCUGAUUGGAACAUAGUCUAGACAUAAGCUUGUUAUCUUGUGUUCUUUAUAUACCAUUAAAUUACUUAUUUGUGUUUUUA